AUGACUUCUAUACUUCAACGAAGGCAAUUCGCGCUUGUUACGCUAUUUUUCCAGCUCCUCUUUAUCGUCGGGUUUGCUCUCUUUGCCAAAUUCGAUACCGCCACUGAACAUGAUCUAUAUGCAAAUGGGAAGCGGGUGUUUGUCAAUACAGAUUUUCCAUUAUUCCAAGACAUCCAUGUAAUGGUAUAUGUUGGCUUCGGGUUUUUGAUGGCGUUCCUGAAGAGAUACGGGUUUUCAGCCGUUUCCGUCAAUUUGUUGCUUUCAACGUUUGUGACACAGUAUGCAAUGUUGUUGCGAGGGUUUUUGAGUCCGACGUUUCACGAUACGGGCAUGUUUAGUGUUUCGGUUAAUGAAAUGGUUUCGGCUGACAUUUCCUGCAUAGUUGUGCUAAUUACCAUGGGUGUAUUACUGGGCCGUUUGACGCCUGUCCAAUUUUUACUACUUGCAUUUUGUGAAACAACAAUUUCGGUGAUGGUGGAACAUAUUCUUUUUAACAUUUUGCACAUCAACGACGGAGGCCGUUCAUUGGUGGUCCACGUAUUUGGAGCUUAUUUCGGCCUCGCUGCAGCUGUGGUUGGGCAGAAAAAGAAUGUUAUGGAAAUGGAUGCGGAGGGCUCAAUUUACCACUCCGAUCUGUUUUCCAUGAUCGGCACGAUGUUCUUGUGGAUAUUCUUUCCCACAAUUAACGCGGCUAUUCAAGAACCUGCUGAUGCUAGGCACAGAGCUAUCGUAAACACCUACCUAGCGAUGGCUUCGUGUACUGUAUCGACCUUCUUGGUUUCGUCGUUGACAGAUCAUCUCGGCCGGUUUAAUAUGAUACAUAUUCAGAGUUCGACAUUGGCUGGGGGCGUGGCUAUUGGUUCGGCCGCAAAUGCAAUGAUCUACCCGUACCACGCCUGCGUCGUCGGCAUGGUCGCCGGGGUCAUCUCCGUAUUCGGACAUGCUGUUUUGAGCAAACGCCUCGAGAAACGUUUCAACAUCUACGACACAUGCGGUGUUCACAAUUUACACGGGCUUCCGGGGUUGCUCUCCGGUGUUAUUAGUAUCCUCGUCGCGCUUCUUUAUGCGGAUAAAGAGAUCUAUGGGGAAGAUACUAUCUAUCACAUCUACCCCUAUUUUGCUGGGGGUCCAAUGAAUGGAGACAGGGAUGCAUAUUCCCAAGCCAUGUACCAAUUGGCCGGGAUGAUUGUCGCAUUAACGGCGGCAAUUGUUGGCGGCUUUAUGACGGGGCUGGUGCUCCGGAUCCGGCUGUGGAACCAGGUGGAGGAUCCUGGGUUCUCGUAUGAGGCGAAUUAUUACGCGAAGCAGGAGUUCAAUUUUCCGACAAAGUAUAUGUCAAAGCGAAGACGGGCCGUCGAAAUCGACAUGCUAAACCAACUGGAAAACAACGGCCAAAUCGACGACGUGUAU